UGUCGGACUAGUAGUUCAUUAUUUAUAUUUAUCUCACAGUGCUUUUGCCCAAUUUAUUAUUACAGAAAAACUUAUUUAAAAUUGACUUAAUAACCCUAAUUUAAUAACAAACAAAUACCCAAUUAAGUAUGUUUCAUUUGUAAAUGUCUUAAAUUCGUGUUGCUUGGACGUAAUAAUCAUAAUUCGGUUGCUAAAUAUGCUGUUGCAGAAUAUUUUUGUGUGAGCAAGUUCAUUGACGUUCCAAACUACAGCGGUUUAACAUUUUGUUUUUCACAUUUUCUGGACUUAAAUGUUUGAUUGUUUCAAUAGACUGCAAUUUACCAUGGGCAAUGUCACUAAAAUGCUUUUGAAGAUUGGGGGCUUUGGCAAUUAAGUAACCCUAGCUUACUUGAAACUUAAUAAUUUUAAAUCUACUAAGAAAGGAUAAGCAGAGCGAAGCAACGCCCUUCUUAAUUAAAUAUUCAAAUAAUAUGAUCUUUAUUCUGGAAUAUCCAAGUGAGAAAAUGGACUCACAUUGAAAAGUCUUUUUUUUUUUAUGAGAAGAUUAUGUUUUGCAUGAGGCUAUCGGUGAAGUUUUUUUUGUGUAAAGAAUACUUCAUUUUUGGACAAACCACAAUUUUCAAAACACCUCAGAACGAGAGUUAUAAAUUAGUAUAAAAUUAGGACAAAACAAUACAAAACGUUUGCAUGACUUGAUCAAGAAUCUUCGUCAAAAACAACCACCUUAAGCGUGGUUGGCAAAAUAUAGUUUACAUAGACAUUUUAUGUGCCCGUGGGGCAUUUUGUAGUAAAGAAAAAAGAAAAUUCCGGUUUUUUUUUUGUUGAAAAUAACCCGGUCAAAAAUUGUUUAGAUGAAUUUACAUAUUUUAAAAAAAUCUUAUAUAGAAAAACAUUAACAAUGGAGCAGGAAGAAAGAACUGAGCAAAUGAUCUCAGAUCAAUUAUUAUUAAAUCCUCUGCUGGAUUGUGAUCCCAUUGACAUUUCACCUCUAAACGCAUGCACCUCGUCGAGUACAUUGCUUAAUGACGAUGACGUGCCUUGCAUAUCUGAAGACCUACCUGCUCCAGAUCAAGAUCAAGACCAGGACCAGCAACUUGAGCUACAGCUGGAGAUACCCGGCAAAAUAAAACGUAACAAAUUCUCUUCGUACCUUUCGAAGCGUGGCCCCGGACGUCCGCGAAAGGAUGUUCAGGGAUUCUUCUAUAAAAAAGCCGUUCGCACUCAGUUAAAACGGAAGAACUUCAAUCGAUCAAUGUUAGUUAAGCGUUACCUGAACGACGAACAUAUGCAAGCGGGUCGAUUUCUCUCGCACAACCAUCCAUCGCCAUCGGAUGCGGAUGGCUCAGAAAGUUUACAAUCGCUAAGCGAAAGUAAUACUUUUAAUCACAAGUACGAAGGCAAAUUGUGUUGCCUUUGCAACCUCAGCGAACAAAGUCAACUUGGCCAGGGUGAGCUAAUCCGGUUCGAGUCGUCCAUUCCAAUGGACAUGUUUGGAGAAAAUGUGACAUCACAUCCAGUAACUGAACUGGAUAAUCUCAAAAUAAAGAUUAACCUCACUAAUCAAACCGUAUCAAAGGAUGUGUCGAGCUUUAAGAGUGUCGUAAAUCAUCACACAGACGACAUCAAUGAGCUCGAUGUUAUAGGCCAUCGGGAGCAGUUGAACCUUAGGAAUCUCCAAGAUUCCAAUUACUUUUACAUACAUAAAAUGUGUGCUCUCUGGUCGCAAGGAAUAGUCUGUGACAACGAUGGUCUGCUGAAGAAUGUUGAUGUGAUCGCUGCACAAAGCCUUAAAAUUCAAUGCUCCUUUUGUCAACAUUAUGGUGCGAGCCUCUCCUGCAAGAUGAACUGCUCCAAGAUGUACCAUUUUCCGUGUGCCACAGCGGCUGGGUGCUUUCUCAUAGUUUCCUCAUUUGUGACCUUCUGCACGGAUCACUUGUACCAGAUCCCAAUCAAUUACACCGAUGGAAAUGUAUCGUGUCAAACGUGCAACCUUAUGGGCGACCCCAGCAAGCAUGUGAUGUGUAGCAUUUGUGGCGAUCAUUACCAUACUGCGUGCAUAGGCCUUAAGGACACGCCAGGUACGCGCGCUGGCUGGCAGUGUACGUCUUGCAUUCGUUGUCAAGUUUGCAAGCAAACCGAUGUUGCAGACGAGCGUCUAAUAACCUGCGAACAAUGUCACAAGGUCUACCACUCGAAUUGUUUGCGACCCAUUGUAGCAUCAGUUCCGAAACUCGGCUGGAAGUGCCGCAAUUGUCGCAUCUGUUCGGACUGCGGGUCGAGAACGCCAGGAGCAGGCGCUUCAUCUCGUUGGCAUUCGAAUUACACAGUCUGUGACUCGUGUUAUCAGCAACGGAACAAAGGUUUUUCGUGCCCCAUUUGCCACAAAGCGUAUCGGGCGGCUGCCCACAAGGAAAUGGUAAAGUGCUGUAGCUGUAACCGGUUCGUGCAUAACACCUGCGACGCUGAGGCAGAUCUGUCCGUUUAUCACCUGCGGAAAGAGACAAAUCCAGAUUACGAUUACAUCUGUACGUUGUGUAAAAAGAUCUCGUACAAAAGUGAAGGCAUGCUGGCGGGUUUGCAGAAUUUCGAUAUUUCUGACGGCAAUUCGUUGGAGAAGACAUUCGCAGCCCCAUUGCGUGGCAGAUCUCUUGAAACGAUACUAAAGCUGCCCAAGAAGCGGAUGAGACUUAAAGAUAUCUAUCGUGGCAAGGGAAAAUACAUGCAAAAGAAGUCGCAAAUGGGAGAAAUUAGCGGCGGGAAAAAACAGCGCGUUUCCAAAGGCAAAGGACGUGGCAUGGGUGGUUAUUAUGAAGCUCCAAUGUCGCCUCCAGCAGAUAGGUCGGUGCGCAACGAUGAAUCGGGUAUAGACAAAAAAAUAGUCAUUUGCUCGGCAAACGACCAAUUCAUUCUGUCGCAGGAUAUCUGCGUUAUGUGCGGUGCUAUCGGAGCCGAAGAAGAAAGGCAGCUUAUAUGUUGCGCCCAAUGCGGACAGUGUUACCAUCCGUACUGCGUGAAUGUGAAGUUAAACAAGGUAAUACUGACGCGUGGCUGGCGAUGCCUUGAUUGCACCAUUUGCGAAGGCUGCGGCAAGAAGGACGAUGAUGCUCUGCUAAUUCUCUGUGACGAAUGUGACAUAUCCUUUCACACAUAUUGCCAUGACCCGCCCCUCGACUCUGUGCCGCAUGGCAACUGGAAGUGCAAGUGGUGUGCCGUAUGCCAUAGUUGCGGACGUCGGGAACCCGGAAAAAACUCCCAAUGGAAGAAUAGCUAUUCGGAGUGUGGUCCCUGUGCCAGUCAGACAUCGUGUGCUGUCUGUUCGGUGACUUAUGAAAUGGGUGAGAUAAUAAUGCAGUGCAACACAUGUGAACGUUGGUUGCACUGCAAAUGUGACUCAAUAAACUCCGAGGAGGAGGUCAAACGAUGUGAUCUAAGCAAAUACAUAUGCAAACUGUGCCGACCUAACGAUGCAGUGCCUUUCUAUUUAAAAAAUCAAGCUCCAAGCACAUCUUUAGCUGCAAUUAAAUCGGCGGCGGCAUCUUCAAUGUCGCAAGAUAACAAUUCUUUAGAUGAAUUCCAAACCGAGAAUGGUCUGACGUACUCAUUAUCGACGACGACAGCAACUGGAACAGCUAAGAACGCUCCAAUGGAAUUAGCCCAUCAGAUGGACGGAGUGUAUGUUAGCGAACAAGGUUUGCAGUUGAUCAAAUCACUGCAGACUGAGAUAAAGAAGAAGCGGAAAUUUAGGGGAGCAAAUGCAAUCGACGAGCAGGUAAACAAGGACUCGGCAAUACUUGCAGCAAUAGAAUCAGUGGUGGCAGGAACAUCCAAUGACAAUUCAUGGGAGGACAAUCGCUUGGAAGCGGCCAUCGAUGAACCAUCGAUAAACACAUACAAAGACGGAAUGGUGUGGCAUGGUGACACCAUUAGCCCGCCAACGGGCUUUUCCUUCUUUACUAAUGAUCAGGGCGUAACAGUGCUAAAGAAGAAACGUCAACGGAAUCUUUUAAAACUCGGCAUAGGUGGAUUCAGUGUGAAAAAUCGUGCCGUCCGAAAGGACACCACCGUUGAUUUAUUGGAAGAGAACGAUGACACCACUCAGCAAUUAGAGCUUGAAAAAGAGAAAAAGAAGAGAGCUCCAGUUCGAAAGAAACCCAAAACCAAACUUAACGAAUUGUACCCCUCGUAUCUGCAAGAAGCAUUCUUUGGGAAAUCUCUGCACGAAACAACAGAACAAAAGAUUUCGCUUUCGGAGAGUGAGUCUUCAGAAGAUGACAAUAGGCUGGGACCAGCGGAUGGAAGUGGGAUUGUCCUUUCGAAUGAGGAAAUAAAUUACCUUAAGAGUUUCCAAGAAAAGGUCGCCGCCGCACAACCUGCCAAGCCUAAAAAUGGCUUGCCAAGUGCAACGAUAACGUCGUCUAAUGCUUUACCCACAACGCCAAGUGCGGCGCAAAGCAAUGUGAUACCGUUCGUCGCAUCGGUAGCUGUUCAAAAGCCGCCAAUGCAAAACGGACCAACGACGUUCACUCAACCAGCCGCAUAUGGGUCGUAUAAUGCUGUACCCGAAGUCAUAAAUAAGUCGGUGGUAGCUACAAUUGUUAAACCUCCGCCACCAUUGGUACUACCACAGCAGCAGCAACAACAACAACAACAACAACAACAACAGCAGCAGCAGAUUACAAGAGAUAUGGAAAAAAUGCGUAGUCCUAUUGCGACGAAUACUUUUGUGCCGUCUUCGCCAAUGCAUCAUGGUUUCCAACAAAAUAUGAUGCAAAGCCCUCAACAACAACAACAGCAACCACCACCACCACCCCAACAGCUACAACAACAACAGCAGCAACAAUCAGUUGUUAAUACACCAAUGAUAAAUAACCGAGAUCCUGUGAGUAUUCAACUUAUUCCAAAUGGUCAUGCAAUUGGAAACCAACAACAGCAGCAACAACAACAACAACAGCAACAACAGACGAACGGCUAUUAUCAUUCAGAGCAUAUGAACAACUCGAGUAACUCCGCAGACGCCGUUAUUAUGCACGAAACAAUAGUACCUAAGCAUAUCUAUGCAGAGCCUGCGAGACCGCAACAAACUCUGCAACACAACAAUGUGCACUUGUCAAUCAAGAAUGCAGUGCCCAUCGCGAAAAAGCCCAACGUCCAACAGUUGGAGACACUCACAGUGGGAGGUGGUGGUGCUACUGGGUCAAGUGUAGGAGGAACUCAGAAAACUGCUGAGAAGAUGCGAAAGGACGAAGAACUCGGCAAAGCCGCAACAAUUUCAGCGGUCCUCUAUGCAAACACUCAACAUCCAGAACUCAAACAACAGUACCCCAAUUGGAAUGAUCGCUGCAAGCAGAUUCUCAAGCGCUGGCGAUCCCUGCCGUCGGACAAGAAAGGACCUUUCCUGCAAAAAGCAAAAGACAACAGAGCAUACGUCAGAGUACAAAAAAUGCAGCAAAAUCCAGAAAAGAACAGCUACCAUCAUUCGAAAGCCACCACGACGACGGCGGCGGCGACAACGCCGACGUACAAUCACAAUCACAAUAACAAUAAUACAAACCAUAAUAACAUACCAAUAAGCAAUAUAGUUGCGCCAUCGCCACGAGGUGCACCUCCUUCAUACCCACUCACCGUUGAAAACAGAUUUAACAUGAACAGCACGCCGCAUCCGCAUCCGCAUGAGGAUAAGAAUAACUGUUAUCGCACUACCACCGCUUAUCUUUGUGCUACAGACGACAAAUACUCUGUACCGCCCAACCAAACCAUCUUACCAAAUUCAACAAGCAUCCGCACGUCCGAAGAAAUCAAUAGUUUCAAUCAAGAAAUUCUGCGUUUCGAUCAGGAGAUAAAAACGAUCAAAGAAAAUGAACAACUCAAGCGAUUGUUAGAGAAUCCCUUAAGCCGAGUCAACAUGAACGUCCUGAAUAUGAAUCACCUAACCGAUGGUGGCCAUAAAUAUAAUUCGGAUUACACGCGAAACGAUCACUUGGACGACCUCAAUAUGACAUUGUCCGAUUUAAAUACAAUCAAGAGUGAAGAGGAGAGCUUUUCGUCGGAUCGAAAAUCUGUCGUGGGCGAUGUAAAUAUGGAGAUUUUUGCCGACACCAAAUUAGAAACCAAUCGUCAAAUGGUUUGCACAAUCAGCGAAGCCCUGGCCGAACGCUUGUCCCCCAUGAAAAUCGAAGCCGAUGAUGAUGUCAAAGCUAUGAUGGAGCCGAGCGUUGUAGCGGCCGAUUGUUUAGCCGAUCUCGAUAAGUUGCCAAGCUACGAUCAUUCCAUCGAAGAAGUUGGUGACAUUCUCAAAGGCAUCGAGGACGGCGAUGAUGAUGAUGACGAAUUGCUGAAAUCCCUCACAGCCGAAAUGGGCGAUGAUUUUAACAUUCUCGAGUAUGGUGAUCCAGAGCUUGAUGAGCUCUCGUCCGAUCAAAGCAUUUUAAAUAAGUUGGUAUUCGAUGAUAAUGACAAGAAUAAUGAAUAAAUUUAUUAAAAAAUUAAACAAAAGAAGAUAUAUAUAUAUAUAUAAAUAAAUAAAUAAUAAAUAUAGUUUUUCAUACUUUUAGAAAUGUAAUAAGAAAAAAAAGAAAACAAACAAAAUAAGUGCAUUAACAAAAAACCAGUUUUUAAUAUAUAAGCUAUAAAAACAAGAGAGAAAUACUUUUUAAAUAAAAUAAAAAAAGUCAAUACAUGUAUAUAAGAGAUGUUGAUGUAUAUGUAAUUAUAA